CCGUCGCGUGGCUCGCCGUCAGGGCUGCCGCGUUCAGUGUGCGUGUGUUUUCGGGUGAAAUAGCCGUUGCCGGUACGGCUCGCACUGCGAAUUUGGUCGGUGAUUAAGUGACAAUCCGUGUGGCUCCAGUCUGUGUUUGUGUGUUUAUAAGUAUGAAGCACGCGUGACGUCGGCCGUCAAAUGGGGCAGGGUGCCUCGUCGCAUCAGCCGCUGGAGAGGGGCCGUGGGACGGCCAACGCUGCCAAUGGCGUCCCCACAAGGAGCAAGUCCUUCCGCCGCAGCAAGCGGCAGGCGGGGUCGGCGCCGCGCGGCAUGGACCGGCUGCGGAGGUCGCUACGGGACUCUCUGCGCCGGCGCAAGGAGCACGUGCCCGAGAGCUCCAAGCCGCACCAAUGGCAGGCCGACGAGGCGGGCGUGCGCGCCGGCACCUGCAGCUUUCACGUCAAGUAUUUGGGAUGUGUGGAAGUCUUCGAAUCAAGAGGAAUGCAAGUCUGCGAAGAGGCACUGAAAUUAUUACGGAAUUCUAGACGGAGACCAGUGCGAGCCAUCUUGUAUGUUUCCGGUGACGGGCUUCGUGUCGUAGAAGAUGACACAAAGGGACUCAUUGUGGAUCAGACAAUUGAGAAAGUUUCCUUUUGCGCCCCUGAUCGCAAUCAUGAGAAAGGAUUUAGUUACAUUUGCCGUGAUGGGACAACUCGUCGCUGGAUGUGCCAUGGCUUCUUGGCCCUUAAAGAAUCGGGAGAACGGCUCAGCCAUGCUGUUGGCUGUGCUUUUGCAGCUUGUUUGGAACGGAAACAGAAGAGAGAUAAAGAAUGUGGGGUAACCAUGACCUUUGAUCCUAAGAACUCCACUUUCACCCGUUCUGGAAGCUUUCGGCAAGCGUCAUUAACAGAACGUCUCCAGGACCCUCAGGAACUAAAGCCCUCUGAACCACCUCCAGUGCGUCCAGCAUUUAACCCAUAUGCUAUUGAAAGACCCCAUGCUACCCCUUCGAUGCUGCAGCGGCAAGGAUCAUUCCGUGGUUUUGGGCAGUUGGCUCAGUCAUCACCUUUCAAGCGGCAAAUGUCAUUGCGUUAUGGUGACCUCCCGUCAACGCUUGAAAGGCAGCGUUCCCUCAGUUUGGAAGGGUGUGAUCUCCGCAGACCUCCCCCUGCUGCAGUGAGCCCUAUACCAGAAGUAUCCCCUCUGGCUGACAAGUCGGGUAUCAGCGUCGGAGAUUCUGUGAGCGCCAUGUGUCAACAAUUGUCGCAAGGCCUGUCACUGCUGUCUUCGAGUGAGGACUUCCUCCCCGCUCGCACUUCACAGCAAUCUACGACGACUACGACCAGCUCUACCACAGCAGCCCGCCCACUGCCAGCACCUGCCCCUGUGGCAUCCACAGCAGCAGCAUUCGCCACAAAUGCUGUUGCAGCUGUCCAUUCUUCUAACAGCAUAUUCUCUGCGACCUUCAACAGUGUCGGUGUAAGCGGUGGGGUGACAAUGCAAGCCAACAGCAGCACAGCAAUGAGCACGGUGUCAUCUGUUGCACCGGCCGUCUUGCCAGCCGUAGCGGCUGUGGCGCUGCCGGCGGCAGCUGUACUCCCUCCCGCAACAGCAGCCACUCACACUGCACCAGUUUCUGUUUCUGCGGCAUCUGCGGUGCCGGUCCCAGCUGUGACUGCCUCGCCGGCUGCAGCACCUGCUGUUCCCCCUCGCACGGGCACUCCAUCACCGGCCAGGCAGCCGGUGGCACUGCCUGUGAAAGCUCCGGUCAGUGGUCUCCCACAACCAGAUCAGUGGCUCGGUGCCGUAGUGGAAGCAGUGGCCCCAUCGACACCUCCGCGGCGCGCUCCACCCCUCCAGCACCUGCGCGCCCACUCUCUGGGUUCGGCUGAUGUCUUCUCUUCUGGCACACGUCGAGAUCCAUUUGAUGCCGAAUGGGCAGCUCCACCAUCUGCGACACGGGAGCAUCGAGCCACAAAUCCGUUUGCUGUGCAGCUAUAAUUGUGGACAUAUUUUGCAGACUUCCCUGGUUGCUGCUUUGUGUGAUAACUAUUUUGGAUGUUGCUACAUUACCUUCCCCAGUCAAGUGACAGUCUGAGUUCAAAAUUCAGUAUAUAGUUUUACAGGCAUUGUACUAGAGGACAUUUUAUUAAUAUGACUCCCCCUCCACCAUUUUCUGACCCUCCCCUCUUUUUUUCCCUGAAUGACAGAUAACAAGAAUACUAUUAUCUCCUUGGAAAAGCCUUAGAUUUUAUUUUAUUUAAUUCUUUCGUUAUACUGUGUCAGGCAAGUGAAGAAAAAAAAUGUGAAGAAUUUUUUGUGUACUUUGUUGCUUUUUGUCUAACGUCAUCUUAUUUAUGCCCCACAAUUUCAUGUUAUUGAUGUUAUAGUAUUCACUUUUGUGUUGUCAUGCCCAAGUACGCCUCACCCAGAAAUCUCAGUUGAUGGAAUGCAGUUCACGAUAUAUCUGUUUGUAUUAGAGGUAAAAUAGUUUUUAUAGCUGACGCGGUGUACCAUUAUCGUAACAUAAAAGCACACUACUUUUUUUCCUGUCUGUAAAUCAGAAUAACUUGGUUGAAGGUUCUCAAGUAUGACUGUUAUCAGAAAUUCUGUAAGAUUACAAACAUUGUGAUGUAGUAUUUAUUCCUUAAAAAGGCUGUGUUUUUUGCUUUGCAGUAGAAUUGAGGGCCUGCUCUUAGUUUUAUGGGAGAUGUUCACUUGUCCGUGUUGUAAUCAUGCUUAGUAUCCAGUUGACAGACUGAGGAAAGGUGUGGGGUUUCAUACGGAGUGACUUCACAACUAGUUUAUUUUCUUUUUUUAAUUUUUCCAUAGUUUGUGCAUGGUAGUGUGUGAAGGCCAAUGGGAGGGACAAAGUGCUCUUCAGAAAAAUUUCAAUAUGGUGGUCUCACAGUCACCCGCUAUGAAAUAGUGACUGAAAUAUAUUUCUUCCAUUAAUGCCACUUAAUUCCAUGAUGUAUCAAGUGUAAAAGUUUGGGUAAUUAUUGACAUUAUGAAUUUGCCCCUUUUUUCAGUUGCUUGCUGUAUGUUAAUGAAAGAAUGUUAUCUGUGAGACUGGUAAUAAGGAUUUGAAACAGGGAGGACACAGUACUGUUAUUUGAAGUACUAUUCAUGUUUCUGAAAAGUUAUUGACAUGAUAUGUCAAAUUGUUGCCAGUUUUUGCCUCCUGACCACUGCUGGUGCUGCUAUUUUUUUUCUGACUGAAUUGUAUGAAAGGUCUUAACUGGUGCUUAUGGUACUGAUUCUUCUGUUUAGAAGCCUGUUUUUCAUAUUGUAUUGGUUGUGAGCCAUGAAGCAACUCUGUUUUUUUUAUAUUGAUUCAAAGUCUCUAAACAUGUACUUAAAUGUUGUGAAAGAAUAUCUGGGAACAUUUGUGUCGUGUGUGUGUGUGUGUGUGUGUGUGUGUGUGUGUGUGUGUGUGAAAGAGAG